GUCACCAUAGCAACGACUGACAACAUCCCGUCUGGUCAUAAUAACCUCCUCCCGCUGAUGUGAUCGAUCACAUGUGAUUAUUACAGUGUUAUCACUGCUGUUAUAAUCAAACAUGAGUGAGCUCCACUGUGAAGAAGAAGAAGACGUGCUGUGUCUGAGCAGAAGAGCCCUGAGGAGCAUCCCAGCAUCUGUGUUACACACCACACAUCUGAAGAGUUUGUAUCUGGAGGGGAAUGAGAUCAGCAGUCUCCCUGAGCGUUUCUUCAGCAGGAUGUCGUCUCUGGUCUGGUUGGAUGUGAGGAACAAUCGACUCUCAGGUUUACCAGCCGCCAUCGGACAACACCGGUGCUUGAAGACGUUACUGCUGGAGGGGAACCCGAUCUCAGCGCUUCCUCCAGAGCUGGGUCACGUGAUCACGCUGAAGGCCUUGAGUCUGAGGAAGUGUCCGCUCGUGUUUCCUCCUCAAGACGUCUUGGACCGCGGCCUGCCCUCCAUUCUCCAUUACCUGCGCUCCUCCGCACUGACUGACGUGUCUCCUCCAGAGUCUGCUGCUGUGGAGAAGCUGUGUCUGUCUGAACUGGAGCAGUGUGAGGAGGACGAGACGGAGAUAUUACGCUUUGAGGAGCUCCGGCGCAGGAUGAUCCAGGUGGAGCGGGCUGAAUUAGGGUCGGCCGGCGACGGAGGAACCGGAACACCCAGAGCUGAUCUCAUCAGCAGCUGCUUUAUCAGAUUAAACAUUGUGUCUGCUCUUGAUGAUGUUCAGAGGAGCCCAGCAGUCUAGUGAGAGUUCAGACGCUUACUAAUAAAGGUUCCACUAAGUC